AGUCGCACUUCGGGUCCUGUGAUGUUCAGACGUCUAGUUUGAUAGCCGGGCCGCUCGCGGUGGACGUGUGUGUGAACACGUGAUUCAACAGUGCGGUUUUAACAAUAAUUUUGUUCAUUGAACUGUGGAGUUCGAUUUGUUUAUUUAUGAUUUGUUCCAUGGUUACUUGAAAGGACAACAUGCUGGUUGUAUGGGUUUUAUAAGAUAAUAAAAUUAGGCUGGCUAUGUUAUAAAAUGAUAUAAUAAUAGUGUUGUCAAGCUGAAAGAUGAAAGAAACGAGGAGAGCGCGCCGGAGUCUUGACGUGACUUGACGUGUGGACUUCCUCGCGCGCAACAUGGCUCCGCAUUUUGCCGCUAUAUUACUUUGGCUUGGUGGCAGUGUUCUAGGACUUCGGGAUAUACAGCUGAGCGUACCAGAGGCAGUCGGUAUAGGAGCUACCGCCACGCUCGGCUGUCGCUGGUCGCUCGAUUCCGGCGAGGCCCUCUACACAGUGAAAUGGUACCACGGUGCGCAAGAAUUCUUCAGAUUUGUGCCUAAAGAGCUUCCCAACACCCGAGUCUUCUCACAAACGGGGAUCAGUGUAGACGUGUCACGAUCUGGUGCCCAGCAAGUAGUGCUAAGGGGAGCAACUCGUGGACUCAGCGGUCGCUACAGAUGUGAAGUGUCUGCAGAUGCGCCAUUCUUUCAUACAGUUUAUAAAAGCGCUUUUAUGCGCGUCGUUGAAUUACCAGACUCACAGCCUAAAGUGCAAGCUCAGAAGAGUUGGUAUUCUAUUGGAGAUAUGUUGCGAGCAAACUGCACGUCGCCCCCAGCCGACCCUCCCGCUAAUUUAACGUGGUUGCUCAAUGGACAAGAGGUGAAGGGCCUUGACAUUCCAGUAAAUGAGGCGCCAUAUGCUCGAAGGAAACCAGUCAUAACGGACGCAUCACUCGACGACGCCAACAGAAUUAUAUUCAGUCCGUGGGACGCAAUCUCGAUCUUCGACGAACCCGCCACAGAUAACGUAAUAGACAUUCCGGGCAAUAUCGACGCCAUCCUGCCCCAGUCAGACGAUCGGAAAAACAAGGAUACCAGGCUAGCGUCCGAGCAAAUAGCAAAUAAAUUGAACAUUAGCACGGAAGAGGAGAAAUCUAAUAAAUCAUCCUCUUUUAGCCAGCUUGUUAUGAGGGUUCAGUCGGUACACUUCCAUAAAGGUCGACUGAACGUGACGUGUGUGGCGCGAGUGCUGUCUGUUUGGUCCUCGAGCGGUGUUCUAAUAUUGGACGAGGAACGACCACAGAUCGCGCCCGUUAUGGGGUCAAGGGACUCCAAUUCAGGGCUGAGAAGGACGUCUCGUUAUGUGUUCGUGUUGGCGUUCCUCAACUAUUUGUUUUACAGUCACUGUUCAAUCCGAUGAUCUGAAUGAUAAGAAUAACCGUGACGUCAUUGUUAUUAUAUCAAAUAAAAUCAGUGUUUAGACAAAAAUUAAUUCUCGGUGAGUUUGAAAACAGUGAAGGAACAAACUAUCUGCGACGUGGGUUGAAUGUAGUGAAUUUUAUACUUGUAAAUAGUUUUAUAUUAGAGAUUCUAAGAGAAGAAAUAGUGAUGUUUUGCUUAUGUAAUUGUUAUCUCAAUAUAAGGAACGUAAAAUAAAGGAAAUUCCCGUUUUU